AUGAAAUUGGACGUGACCAAGCAGUUUUCGGCGCGUUCGGAAAGAGUCAAGGGCAUUGAUUUCCACCCCACUGAGCCCUGGAUCUUGACCACGCUAUACAAUGGAAAAAUCGAGAUUUGGUCGCAUGCAACCAACACGCUAGUCAAGUCGAUCCAGGUCACCGAUAUGCCUGUGAGAGCGGGAAAGUUCAUUGCCCGUAAGAAUUGGAUCGUUGUGGGCUCUGACGACUUCCAGGUGAGAGUAUACAACUAUAGCACCGGCGAGAAAAUCACUCAGUUUGAAGCUCACCCAGACUACAUCCGUAGCAUCGCCGUGCAUGCCACUUUGCCUUACAUUUUGACCUCGUCCGAUGAUUUGACCAUCAAGUUAUGGAACUGGGACAACAACUGGCGCCUCGAACAAACCUACGAAGGCCACCAGCACUACAUCAUGUGCGUCAACUUUAAUCCUAAGGAUCCCAACACCUUCGCGUCUGCCUGUUUGGAUAGAACCGUUAAGGUGUGGUCUUUGGGCUCACCUACUCCUAACUACACUUUGGUUGCGCACGAUAUCAAAGGUGUCAACUACGUCGACUACUACCCACAAGCUGACAAACCAUAUCUCAUUACAUCUUCUGACGACAAAACAGUCAAAGUGUGGGAUUACCAAACAAAAUCAUGUGUGGCUGUUCUUGAGGGCCACUUGGCCAAUGUCUCUUUUGCUAUUUUCCAUCCAGAGUUGCCUUUGAUCGUCUCUGGUUCUGAAGACGGCACAGUGCGCUUCUGGAACUCCAACACCUUCAAGUUGGAAAAAUCCGUCAACUACGGAUUGGAGCGUGUGUGGUGUGUCAGUGUGUUGCAAAAGUCUAACUUGAUAGCUGUGGGAUGUGACUCUGGUAAUGUGGUCAUCAAAUUGGGAAAUGAAGAGCCUUUGUUUUCGAUGGACAACAACGGUAAGUUGAUUUACGCCAAGAACUCUGAGGUGUAUCAAUCUGUUAUCAAGCCAACCAGUACUAGCGGUUUGAAAGAUGGUGAAACUAUUCCAAUUCAGCAAAAGGACCUCGGAACAGUGGAAAUUUAUCCUCAAACAUUGGCACAUUCACCAAACGGAAAGUACGCUGCCGUAUGUGGUGAUGGUGAAUACCUCGUCUACACUUCAUUGGCUUGGAGAUCCAAAGCCUAUGGUAAAGCAUUGGACUUCGCCUGGAACACACACGAUCAUUCUAACGCUACGUGUUAUGCGAUUAGGGAAUCCAAAAUGUCUGUCAAGAUCUUCAAGAACUUGCAGGAACUGUUGUCUGUAGACCUUGUCUACGAGGCUGAGAAAAUCAUUCCUGGAGCUUUGCUUGGUGUCAAGUCCGUGGGACUUUUGUGUUUCUAUGAUUGGGAGACAGGUUCGCUCGUCAGAAGAGUUGAUAUUGAGGACGAUAUUCAAGACGUUGUCUGGUCUGACAAUGGCGAGUUGUUGGCUAUUUUGACCAACAGCGCCUCUUCGGAAACCAAGAGCUACGAGACUUAUUUCUUGAGCUUCGACCGCACGCUUUACGAAGAAGCUAUCGCUAACGGAUCUAUCAGUAACUCUGAAGGUGCAGAGGCUGCCUUUGAUGUGUUGUACACUUUGCCUACUUCCGAGGCUAUCUUGUCAGGAAAGUUUAUUGGUGAUGUUUUUAUCUACACUACGGCCACCACGAAUAGAUUGAACUAUUUUGUUGGUGGUGAGAUCAUCAACUUGAGUCAUUUCGAUCACAAGUACUACCUCAUCGGCUAUAAAGCUAGUGAAGGGAAAUUGUUUUUGAUUGACAAAACUUUCAAUGUCAUCUCGUGGUUCGUGAACUCGGAUGUUUUGGAGUUGCAAACAUUGGUUAUGCGUGGUGACUUGGAGCAGUUUGCUUCUUCCACAGUCACCGACGAGGAAACCGGCGAACAGAUUCCAGACUUGGCAUCCAUUUCACCUGAACUGUUGUCUGAAGAAUAUUCUGCUUACUUGACCAACUUGUCGAAGACAGAGUUAAACCAGGUUGCACGCUUUUUCGAGAAGUUAGGUUACUUGAAGUUAUCUUUUGCCUUGUCUCAGGAUUUCGACUCAAAGUUCCUGAUUGCCUUGUCCACUGGAGACUUGCAACAAGCAUACCAAUUGUUGGUGGAGAACCAAGAUAGUAAUCCAUCUACGGCGCUUGUCAACGCGCCAAAGUGGAAAAAGUUGGGCGAUUUGGCCAUGGCGAAUUGGCAGAUGCAAUUGGCGGAAAAAUGCUACUGGUUGGCAAACGACCAUGCUUCCUUGUUGUUGAUGCUCUCCUCGACAAACAACCAAGUGCUGUUGGCUCGUCUCGCUGAAUCGGCCGAAGCACUUGGAAAGUACAAUAUUGCUUUCCAGGCGUGGUGGUUGACAGCAAACAAGGAGAAGUGCAUGGACUUGUUGGUUAAAACGGAAAGAUACAGUGAAGCUGCUUUCUUGGGUAAAACCUACGGUAUUUCCAACACCAAACUCGCCAAUGUCAUGGAGUUAUGGAAACAGCAAUUGGUUGCCAAGGGAAAGGGGAAGACUGCAGACCGUUUGAUUGGCGACUUUGCCGAAUUGAAGGUGAGCAAUGGUGAUGCUUUGAUUGACUUUGGCAAUGAAAAAGCGCCAAAAGAGGUUGAAGAGCCUGUUGAAGAGUCUGUCGAGGAACCUUUACAAAAGGUAGAGGAGCAUCAUGUCGAUGACACACCAGCUCGUGAAGAAAACUUGUUGGAUCUCGAAGACUCGGAGAAACCGGAAGAAUUCGAGGAGGAGGAAUUCGAGGAAGCUUUGGGAGACGAUGACAACAUCUUGGAACUUUAG